AACCACGGAUGUGCGUGACCCAAACAUGCAGCCAAUCACAAAAAAAGAAACGGGCGGGUCAUAACGGCGUGCGCCAAUGGUUGAGAUCGUUUCUUGUCGCCACAGCAACGAGGAAAUAGCGCAUGCGCAGUGUUUAAUCGCUCGCGCAGAGGCAGCUGGGCAGUGGGCAUCGUUAGCUGUGCUAUAAUACAUAAUUAAAUAAGGCACCUCGAGUAAUGCUGGCGAGUACGAUAAUAAACCAUCGGCAACAUGUGGGACUGCAGAAGCUCUCCGCACUGGCAGGAAUCACACACUCCUCUUUGGGCCCCAACAAACAGUACAAGUUCAUCCAAGACGAAGCGAGUGGGGAGUCGGCUCUUGCGUGCUCGUGCUUCCGCGUCCUGGAGAACCUGGAGCUGACCUGCGGGGUAGGCCAGCUGGUCUACGAGACCAUCCAAGCCCACCAGGAGGUCUAUCACACGGGGUCGGGAUGCCUGCUGUUUCUCGCCGGAGCGUGGAGCCGCGCUGCUCUGGAGUGCCUCCGGAGAGGAAUCUCGGUGGGGCACAUCAUCUCGGCUAUGUCUGAAGGAAUGGAGGUGUGCUUGGACGUUUGCAGGAAGUGCAGCGUCUCGACUGAGGGCCUCGGUGUGGCCACAUCUCCGGGACUUCACCUGUUAAAGAAACCCACCGUGGAGGCUCCACAGGUGAGAGAAGCCGGUGACGAGACUCUAAAUGCCGGCGGACGAAGGAAAGUAAAGCUCAGCAGACAUUUUUACGAGACCAGGUCUGAAGAUGUCCCACAACCUCCCCGACCUGAGCUCCCUGACGUCGCACACAUCGCCGUGGGACUGAGUCACGGUUGUGUCAACGCGAUGAAUUUAGUUGUCGAGGCCAGCCGAAUACAAUCGGAAAACAAUCCGCGAGGCGUCAGCUGUCCUACGUUCGAUGUCACUAAAGUGGUGACAUGCGUGCUACCCGGUUUACCGGAGGAGCACGCGUGUGUUUUGCAGGGCUGCGUUCUUCUUGUCUCCGACGAGCAGGCUUCAGUUGCACAUCGCUUGAAAGAACGGCACUUGAAGGUGGCUCUGAUUACUGGAGAUUUAUCAGACACCUAUCGCCACCUCGGCUUUAAAAGGCUAAAGGGUGUGCGGUGUGUGCGUGACCGGUCACACUGUUCAAGUUCAAACAAAGAGGAGGAGUGGCUGGAAGAGACCGUGACGCUUCUGCUGAACCUGGAGGUGAACCUGGUCGUCGUGAGUGGGCUUGCUGGCGACAACGUGAUUCAACGCUGUUGCAGACAUCACGUACUCGUGGUGGACAAAGCGAAGGCUCCCGUCCUGAAGGCCCUGGCGAGCGCGACGGGAGCCGUUCCGGUGACCUACGCCACGCAGCUGAGUCGCCGCUGUGUCGGCGCCGGUGCGAAGGCGGCGAUAUGGAGGGAGCUCCGCAGCCGCCAGGGGAAGCCCUCGACCACCGUGAACAUUUCCACCGUCGAGAGCGGCGGCGGGUUGGUCACCGUGAUCCUCACGAGCCACGUGGACGCCAAGCUGCAGGCCCUGGAGGACCAGUUUUGGGCGUGCGCGUAUCGGUUGCACCACGUGCUGAAGGGCAAAGUCCUCCUGCCCGGUGCCGGAGUCACCGAAAUGCUCUGCGUUCAUCGCCUUCAGAAGGAGGCGGAGCUCCACGUUGAGCCUGGCAGAGGGAGGGACGGGGACGGGGUCCGACAGACCAAAGCCGGGACAGCAGCCAGCCCUUACAGGGCUUUGGUGUUGCGCCUCAUGGCAGAUGGGUUAAUAGAUUACGUGACCUCUGUGAUGGUUAACACUGGAAGGUUUUCAAAGGUCAGAGCCAGGACCGCAGUGAGCCGACACCUGCAGGCGUACGCAGGAAGUCCAGGCAUCGCGGCAGAGUUCUCCCGACUUUUCUUGGCAGGCGAGCGAGAGGACGGGGGAGCUUCGCCACCCGUGGAGUCUCGUGACCCCCCGGCGGAGCAGGUCUACGACAGUCUGAGCGUGAAGCAGGAAGCGUGGAGGAAGGCCUUGGACCUGGUUCUGCUGGUCCUGCAGACGGACGCGGAGGUCAUCACGGGCAUUGACCCAAAAACAGAUGGCGCGCAGGACAAGCUGAUGCUGUUGUGACCUUCACCGCACACAACUUUCUCUAAAGUUUAUUCAGACUGCACACCGCAUUCAAGAUAUGUUUCUUUUCAAGAGUGGCACAAAGUAAAAGGAGAAUAAAGUGUUUUAUAUUGU